AUGGGGACGCCCAGCCCAGAAGUUGCCUAUCAACUGCCGCCGCCAGCGCCACCGCCUCGGCAUAAGCGGGAGGUCCCCGGCCUGGCACCCAGCAGCGCCCUCGCGCUGUCCUCCUGGGACUCCGACCGCGCCUGCGCCCGCGCCGCCCAGAAGGCAACCUGGCCCGCCUUUGUCCACGGGCAGCCGCUGCACGCGUGGAAUGAGAGGCUGCGCCACCGCACGCCGCAUAGCGCGCACGAGUGCACUGCUGCCCAGGACCGGCGCCGGUUAAUCUGCCCCAGGACGAGCAAGCCCGCCCGCCAACGGCUGAUGGACCGCAUGCCCUGCAGCUCAUCCCAGCUGAGCUCGCCCUGGAAGGCGGCUGCGAGGCCAGAGCGGCUCGCGGAGCUGCAGGAGGGCCGCGGCGGCGGCGGCGCGCGGGCGAGCCGGCAGCAGCCGCCCGAGGACCCCGAGGCCGCCAGCGGCUGGCGCGACGACGCCAGGCGCGCGCAGCAACCCAGCAGGCAGCGCGACGAGGGCGACGGCGGGAGCGGCGACUGGCGGUCCGAGGCCGCGCGGGCCCAGCGCGAGGCGCGGAAGCAGGCGCCCGCCGCCGGCGGCAGGGACGCGCGAGGCAGCGCGGGCAGCGCCGCCGGCGGGUCCUGGCGCGCGCCGCCGGCUCCGGCGCUGGAGUCCUCCCCGACGUCGUGGGCGGCGAAGCAGCAGGCGAGGAAGCAGCGGCUGUCCAGCGACGACGCCACCGCCGACGGCGGCGCCGAGGACCCCGCCGAGGCGGAGGUGCUGCGCGCCAUGAAGGCGAUCCUGAACAAGCUGACGAUCGAGCGGUUUGACGUGUUGUACCAGCAGCUCCUGCAAUGGCCCAAGAACGUGGGCCACGUGGAGAUAUUGAUACGGGAGGUUUUCGAGAAGGCGACCACUCAGCACCACUUCGUGGGAAUGUACGCGGAGCUCUGCGCUCGUCUGCACCAGUGGUUCGUGGAGACGAAGAUCUGCGGGGACGACGGCAAGAUCUUCCGGCGCGUGCUGCUGAACCGGUGCCAGCUCUCCUUCGAGCAGACGCUGAGGCCGUGCGGGCCGGGCCCCGGCGGGGACCUGGGCCCGGAGGCGCGGGAGGAGGCGGAGCUGCUGCACAAGACCAGGAUGCUCGGCAACCUUCGUCUGGUCGGCGCAUUGCUCGAGAAGGGCAUGCUGGCCAGCAAGGUGCUGGUGGCUGUGACGGACGAGCUCCUCACGGCCCCCACGCCAGUCUCCCUGGAGUGCCUAUCUGUCUUCCUUACCUGCGUGGGCGCGACGUUCGACCAGCCGAGCUGGGCGUACCGCGCCCACCUGGAGGCCGCCUUCCGGCAGGUGCAAGACCUCUCCAACAGCAAGGAUUGCCCGCCGAGGGCACGGUUCUUGUUGCGGGACGUCCUGGACCUGAGGGCGUCCGGCUGGCAGAACAAGAAGAAGGCCGUGCGCGCUGGCGACGGCCCCACGACCCUGGAGGCGGUGCACCAGAAGGCGGAGGAGAGCCCGCCCGGGGGGGUGGGAGAGGGGGGAAUGCUGGCGCAGCGAUGGCUGCAGAAGAGGGGCCUUGAGGCCCCCUAG